AAUGUAAUGGCCUCACUUCCGCGCACAAUGGCGGACGCUCUUUUCCCGUUCAUCGUUGUACGAAGCAUCCGGCACGAUGAAAGCUAAGGGUGAAUUAAAGGAAUUCGAAGUGAUAGGACGUAAGCUUCCUACGGAGAAAGAGAAGACUACGCCUCUGUACAAAAUGAGUAUAUUCGCCCCGGAUGCAAUUGUCGCAAAAUCCAGGUUUUGGUAUUUUUUACGGCAGUUGAAAAAGUUCAAAAAGUCCACCGGAGAAAUUGUAUCUCUCAAGAAGAUCCCAGAGAAAACACCAAUGAAAAUCAAGAACUUCGGUGUCUGGCUGAGAUACGACUCCCGUUCCGGUACGCACAAUAUGUACAGGGAAUACAGAGAUCUCUCCGUCAGUGGAGCUAUAACUCAGUGUUAUAGAGACAUGGGUGCACGUCAUCGUGCGAGAGCACAUUCGAUACAGAUCAUUAAGGUAGCUGUUGUGGAGGUUGCGAACUGCCGCAGGCCACAGGUUAAGCAAUUCCACGACUCCAAAAUUAAGUUCCCGCUGCCCAAGAGAAUCCAUCACAGGAAUCGAAUGCCAUUGUUCAGCGUUCGUAAGCCACGUACCUAUUUCCUCUAAAUGCUAUGUACAUUUAUAUAUAACAUUUACAUAUAACAUUAAAGGAAAUAAAAAUGCAUUCGAUAUAUAA